AAUCUAACUGCAAUAGUUAUUGAUACAUAUUAUCCAUUUGUGGUCUCUUCUCUUCUUCAUCAAUUGUUACCAACCCUAUUAAUGGCAGCAAUACCCCCACCACUUGAAACAUCAUUGUAAUAUAAAUGCUUUUGUCUUUUCCAUGGUACAAUGUCUUCAACUAACUCUCUCGUCUUGUCUCAACAUCAUUAAAAAACUUCAUAUUUUUCACACCUAGUGGUAGGUUUGUCCUUGAUUCUUUCUUAAAUGAUCCUCCCUUGUGUAAAUUUUCAUUCUUUAACUCUUAAAUUAUCUAUAUUCCCUUUUUGUUGAUCUUUGUUCUUCUCUCUCUCUCUCUCUCUCUUGUGUGUAAAUCUAAGGAGCAAAAUGAUGCAAGUUUAUCUUUUGAAAUUGUUAAUGUGUGUUGUCAUUGGAAAUCUUUGAGCUUUUAAGGAUUUGCAAUUUUUCUGUGUAGAUCAGAUAUUCUCUGCAUGUAACUGCAUAGACCAAUUUCUGAGUCAGUAAAAUUUGUAUGUAGUUGUCUUUUGACAUAUUAACUAACUUUUUUGGGUUUUUUGUUUUGUUUUUGAAUUUAGUUAGUUGAAAACUUCUUCCAUAUUUGAUGUUCAUUUCCAUCAAAUUUGGUGUACAAUGUUCCAAAUUAGUUCAACAAGGUACUUUUACCUUAAUCUUUUGUUUCUUUCAUGGUGUUUGUUCAUUCCAAAUAGUCAUGAGUUAGAACAAGAUCAAAGCCAAGCUUUAUUACAAUUAAGGACUUUUCUAGAGUACCCUUCAUCAUUACAAAUUUUGGAAAAUUACAAUAAUGACCUUUGUUACAUUUCUUCAUCUUCACAUUUCACCAUCAAAUGUGAAGAUAAUUCAAUAAUUGAGCUCAAAAUCAUGGGUGAUUUUAAAUCAUUGAAACCAUCAUCAAAGUUCAAUGGAUUCUCAAUUCCAAAUCAAACACUAUCCAUGAAUUUCUCCAUUGAUUCAUUUUUCACCACAUUAACAAAAUUGACCAAAUUAAAAGUUCUUACUUUAGUGUCCUUAGGAAUUUGGGGUCCCCUUCCUAACAAAAUUCAAUCACUCAAAUUUCUUCAAGUUUUGGAUUUGAGCUCAAAUUUCAUCUUUGGUACAAUUCCACAAAAAAUUUCAACUAUGGUCAAUCUUCAAACACUAACACUUGAUAACAACUUUUUCAACACCACUAUGCCUAAUUGGUUCAAUUCAUUGCAUAAUUUAAGUACCUUGAGUUUGAAGAAAAAUCAAUUAAAGGGUUCAUUUCCCUUUUCACUAUGUAAAAUUAAAACACUUGAAGUUAUUUCUUUGUCACACAAUGAACUCUCUAGUGGUUUACCUAGUUGUCUCAAUUCGCUCAUUGGUUUACAUGUUUUAGAUUUAAGAGAAAAUCAUUUAGAAUAUGAAUUACCACUUUUGCCAAAAUCAGUUAUAACUGUUUUGUUGAGCAAUAACUCAUUCUCAAAAUAUAUACCAAACAAGUUUAGUGAAUUGAAUCAACUUCAACAUUUAGAUCUUUCUUCAAACCAUCUUAGUGGAAAACCACUUUCUACAUUGUUCUCUUUGCCAAAUAUAAGUUAUUUGAAUCUUGCAAACAAUGUUUUAAGUGGUGAAAUUUAUGACAAACUUGUUUGUGGUAGCAAACUUGGUUAUGUUGAUAUUUCUAACAACAAGUUAAGUGGUUUUCUUCCUUCAUGUUUGGUUAACAAUUCUAAUAGUAGAGUUGUUAGAUUUGGUGGAAAUUGUUUAUCUGUUGAGACUCAGAAUCAGAAGAAAGGGUCUUAUUGUAAGGAAUCAAGUUCAAGAUGGAAGAAAUUUAAGGAAUGUUGGAAAGUUGUCGCUUUUGUUGGUAUCUUUGUUGGAUUUGUUCUUGUGAUUUUGGUGUUUGGAGUUUUGGUGUGUAGAAAAUGUCAUUUGAGAAAGGAAAAUAGAAAGGAUAUUGUGUUAAAGAUUGUUCAAGAUAAAUCCACAAGCGCAGUUUCAUCGGAAAUCCUUGCAAAUGCUAGAUUUAUUUCUCAAGCAGUUAAGUUAGGGACACAAACUAUUCCAACUUGUAGACAAUUUUCUAUUGAAGAGUUGAAAGAAGCCACCAAAAACUUUAAUUUGUCAACUUGUAUUGGUGUAGGCUCCACAGGGAAGCUGUAUAAAGGUAAACUAGAGAAUGGAUCUUAUGUGGUGAUAAGAUCUUUGGUUCUUUCAAAGAAAUGCUCAAUUCAAAAUCUUAAAGCUAAGUUAGAAUUACUCUCAAAGCUUGAACAUCCAAAUUUGGUUAGCCUUUUGGGUCAUUGCAUUGAUGGUGGUGGACAAGAUGAUUCAAGCCCUCACAAACUUCAUCUUAUAUAUGAAUAUGUGCCAAAUGGAGAUUAUCAUUCUCAUCUAUCAGAAUAUUCUGCAGAGAAAGCACUUAAGUGGCCUGAUAGACUUGCAAUUUUGAUUGGAGUUGCAAAGGCAAUUCAUUUCUUACAUACUGGUGUUAUACCAAGAUGUUUUAGCAACCAACUAAAGACAAAGAAUAUCUUACUUGAUGAACACUGCAUUCCAAAAUUAAGUGACUAUGGUAUGUCUAUCAUCAAAGAAGAUAUUGAAAAGUUUGAGGUAAAGGGUGAGAAGUCAAAAUCAUGUAAAGGGAAAAAAGUGGAUAAUGAUGUUUACAAUUUUGGAUUCAUAUUGUUUGAAUCACUUGUUGGACCUAUAACAUGUGACAAAGGUGAAGCAUUUUUCCUAAAUGACAAGGCAUCAUUUGGUAGUCAAGAUGGAAGAAGAAAAAUUGUGGAUCCAAUAGUGUUGACAACUUGUUCUCAAGAAUCAUUGUCAAUAGCAAUAUCUAUAACAACAAAAUGUAUAUCUCAAGACUCUUCGUCUCGUCCUUCUUUUGAGGAUGUUUUAUGGAAUUUACAAUAUGCAGCUCAAGUUCAAGCCACAGCAGAUGCAGAUCAAAAAUCAGAUUAAGAUUCAACAUCAUAGGUGCAUAGAAAGAAAUCAAGAAUUUGUAUUACUAAAAUCAUUUUUCAAGAUGUUAAUCAUUCUUGCAAAUGUAAAGGUAGAUAUAUAGAUAUAUUUGUAAAAAUGAUUGUACCUUUCUUAAUUUUGAUUUUUCAUACGUUGUUUCCACUUAAAGCAAUUUUGUUUGAGGUUUUA